AUGGCUACUGCACUUCCUUCAAUCAGUUCUUCUACCCCUUCACAUUCUUCUUCUUCCAUGGAUACUUCUACUGCUUAUCCUUAUGGAAAACUCAAGAGGGGAAGAUUGUCCAACUCUCACAGAACGGUCCCGGUAAGGCUUAAGAUACAAUGUGCAGCAGCAGCAGCAACUAUGCCUGCUGCAACAUCUCCAGAAGGUAAAGUGAAGCCAUCACAAAGUCUUCAUGAAGAUGAUGAUGAUGAUGGUAAAAAACAGUCGAUUUACUUCGAUUUCUCACGUUUGAGUUCUUGCUCUUCCGCUGUCACGGGGAAACUUGUUCACGCCCACGCCAUCAAAUCUGGGUUCGGAGGUCACGAGUUCGUGAACACCAAGCUGCUCCAAAUGUAUGGGAGGUGCAGUUGUUUGCAGGAUGCGAAACAACUGUUUGACGAAAUGCCGCUGAGGAGCUUGCGCGCUUGGACGGCUAUCAUUGGCGUGCAUUCGGAUCAUGGGCUGUUUCAGGAAUCCAUUUGGUACUUUUUGGAAUUGCUGCUUGAAGAUGUUGCGCUGGAUUUUUUUGUGUUCUCGUCGGUUCUGAAGGUUUGCAGCGGGCUUCAAAUGCUGGAAUUUGGUUGGCAGCUGCAUGGAAUGGCGAUUAAGUUUGGGUUUGAUAUGAAUGUCUCUGUGGGGAAUGCUUUGAUAGACAUGUAUGGUAAGUGCGGUAGUUUGGAGGAUGCUGUUAAAGUUCUGGAAUUGAUGCCAAACCCAGAUAAUAUUUCGUGGAACUCUGUCAUCACUGCUUCUGCUGCUAAUGGAAUGGUUCAUAAAGCACUGGAAUUUUUAGAAAAGAUGGGGACUACCGACGAUUUGAAGCCUGAUAUGGUUUCUUGGAGCGCAGUGAUUGGUGGGUUUGCACAGAAUGGUUAUGACGAGGAAGCCAUAGAUUUGCUAUCUCAAAUGUUAGCAGAGGGUCUUCAACCAAAUUCAAGAACAAUGGCAAGUGUUCUUCCAGCUUGUGCUAGAUUGGAAAGGCAUGAACUUGGCAAAGAACUUCAUGGCUAUAUCAUGAGGCAUGGUUUCAUGACCAACAAUUAUGUUGUCAAUGGAUUGGUUAAUGUAUACCGGAGAUGCAGUGACGUGAGAAGCGCACAAACAAUCUUCUCCAAGUUCGGAGUGAAAAGUAGAGUUUCCUAUAACACGAUGAUUGCCGGAUACUGCGAGACUGGCGAUAUAUCCAUGGCAAGACAACUCUUUGAUCAAAUGGAGCUUAUGGGGAUCCAAAGAAGUUUAAUUUCAUGGAACUCCAUGAUUGCAGGAUAUGUAGAUAACUCCCUAUAUUCCGAAGCCUUGAGCCUGUUCAAAGAUCUGGUGACCAUGGAACGAAUCGAACCAGAUUCUUUUACCUUGGGCAGUGCUUUAACUGGUUGUGCUGCGAUGGCUUCUUUGAGAAAGGGUAAGGAGAUACACUCCAUUGCUACUGCCAGAGGCUUGCAAAGCAAUGCAUUUGUGGGAGCAGCCCUUGUGGAACUGUACUCCAAGUGUGAAGAUAUAGCCGCUGCUCAGUUGGCCUUUGAUGAGGUGAUGCAGAAGGAUAUCACGACGUGGAAUUCCUUGAUCUUUGGAUAUACUCGGUUAAACGACACUGGAAAGGUCCAAGCUUUGCUUCAGCAGAUGAAAGAAGAUGGUCAUGAACCAAAUUCAUACACUUGGAAUGGCAUUCUGGAAUGCCACUUACAAAAUGGCAACCUGGAUUCAGCAAUGCAGUUGUUUUUGUCUGAAAAUCAGAACGCAACCCCAGAUGCUUAUACAAUGGGAAUAAUUCUCGGCCAUUGCUCGAAAUCAGCCACAUUAGAGCGAGGGAAACAAUGUCAUUCCCACUCCAUUAGAAGAGGCUACGACUCUGAUCUUCACAUAGGAGCAGCUCUCGUGGACAUGUAUGCAAAAUGUGGUAGUAUCAAGCAUGCAGAGAUGGCUUACAAUCGGAUAUCAAACCCCAAUUUGGUAUCCCACAACGCAAUGCUGACUGCAUACGCCAUGCACGGAUAUGGAGAACAAGGAAUCGAUCUGUUCCAGAGUAUUCUAGCAACUGGAUGCACACCUGACGACGUCACCUUUCUCUCUGCUCUGUGUUCUUGUGUUCAUGCUGGGAACGUGGAGAUGGGUCGCUUGCUGUUCGACUUGAUGGACGAUUACGACAUGAAGCCCACAUUAAAACACUUCACAGCAAUGGUUGAUCUCUUGAGCCGUUCAGGGAAGCUGGCAGAAGCCUAUGAGAUGAUACAGGGGAUGCCUAUGAUGCCUGAUUCGGUACUGUGGGGCGCUUUGCUUGGAGGGUGUGUGGUCCAUGGCGACGUGGAGAUGGGAGAAAUCGCUGCAGGGAAGCUGUUCGAAGUAGAACCAGAUGAGAGUGGGAACUACGUGAUGUUGGCCAAUCUGUAUGCUUAUGGGAAAAGAUGGUCGGAUUUGGAUAGUACGAGGAAUUCGAUGAAGGAAAGAGGGUUGCAGAAGGUUCCGGGGUGUAGUUGGAUCGAGGAGAGGGACGAAAUCCACCGGUUUCUUGCUUCUGAUGUUUCUCAUGAGAGGAAAGAUGAGAUCUACGUUGCUUUGGAUACACUGGCACUGCACAUGAAAACAGGGCUGAAGGAUUCGAUCACAAACCCAUUCUCAUUUAACCAUAUCAGUAUGGCAGCUGCUGGGCUUCCUUCCAUCAGCUCCCCCUCUUCUUCUGCUUCUUCUCCUAAUAUUCAUCCAUCACAGACAGGUGCUCGAGCACAUAGUCCAUCCUUCUUCACUGUCAGAUCAUAUGGGACACUGAAGAGGAGACAGCCAAACUCUCACAAGGCUGUUCCAGGUGGCAUUAAGAUCCUAUGUGCAGCAACUAAGCCUGCAAAAUCACCAGCUGAAGAAGAGUGGAAGGUGAAGAGAGAGUUAUUGCUGCAGAAGAAGGUGAGGAGUGUGGAGGUGAAGGAAGCUCUUCGACUUCAGAAAGAAAACAACUUUGUGAUCCUCGACGUGCGACCAGAAGCUGAAUUCAAAGAGGGUCAUGCACCAGGUGCUAUCAAUGUCCAAAUAUACAGGCUUAUAAAGGAGUGGACGGCCUGGGACAUUGCCAGGCGUGCUGCUUUUGCAUUUUUUGGCAUAUUCUCCGGCACAGAAGAAAACCCUGAGUUUAUUCAGACUGUCGAUUCCAAACUUGGAAAAGAUGCAAAGAUAAUAGUGGCUUGCUCAGCAGGAGGUACAAUGAAACCAUCACAAAAUCUUCCUCAAGGUCAACAGUCGAGAUCACUGAUAGCUGCAUACCUGUUAGUCCUCAACGGUUACAAGAAUGUCUUCCACUUAGAAGGCGGUCUCUAUACAUGGUUCAAAGAGGGGUUGCCGGCUGAAGCUGAAGAAGAAUGAGUAAGCAUUGUAAUUUUUUUCAUAAUGGUGCUUCAUGACAAGCAGAAGUUUUGCCCCCCAGCAACGGAAUGUUAAUUCAGGUUAACAGAUUGGAGACAUUACUGGUCUGGUGUGUAUCCUAAGAUUGGUAUCUUCUGUAAAUGACAAUGCAACGUCUGACUAUUCUUCGUCCCUCUAGAUUUCAGGUAAAUAAUUAAAGGAACUAGUGUUGUUACCUGACUAGGAAUAUAACAUGUUAGCUGAUAGGGUAAAGCUUGAUAAUCCAGCGACACUAUAGACAAAGAAAUUUAAGAAAGACAGACCAAGCAAAAGUUCAAGCCUGCCUGCCUGCCUAACAAACAACACAAUGGCUUUAUUUUGCGGAUGGCAAUAUUCUUCACGCAUUGCAUUCUACUUCUGAGUCCACUCGAAAGAGAAUGCAUAAAAGUAGAGAUGAAUUCAGGCAACAUGCA